AUCAUCUGCAGUGAACUCGAGAAGUAUAGCGACAUCGUCUGGAGUAAAGUAGAGAUGUCUAAUAUCGCUUCUCUCCUCCAAGCUUCCCUCCAGCCUGCUUCCAGGAAACAAGCAGAACAGCAAUUGCAUGCACUUGCGUCACAGCAGGGAUUCUUGACACACCUCAUUACACUAAUCCUCAACGUAUCCUUGGAUCGCCCAAUACGCCUAGCAGGCGGAAUAUAUCUCAAAAAUGUUGCUAAACUACGAUGGGAAGAGGAUGAUGCGCCUCUCCCAGAAGCAGACAAGGCAGCCCUCAGAUCUCAGCUAGUACCGGCCAUGAUUACACUGUCUAAUCCUGCAGAUAAAGCGAUUCGCGCUCAAAUUGCCGAGUCCGUCGCUCUGAUCGCUGAGCUUGACUUUCCUUCGAAAUGGAGUGAUCUCAUUGACCAACUCGUCUCAUCACUCUCCCCUACGGACUACAGCAUCAAUGUCGGUGUCCUGCAGACCGCUCACUCCAUCUUCAACCAAUGGCGAGCCCAAGUUCGUUCGGACGAGCUGUUCACGGAGAUCAACAUCGUGUUAUCGAGAUUCAUGCAACCCUUCCUUGAUCUUUUCAACCAGACUGCAACAAGACUGCUCUCUUCCCCCGUUUUACCUGAUAUUGCUAUCACUACACAAGCCCAGAUUAUCCUCGUUGAUAUAUUUUACGACUUUACAUGUCAAGAUCUACCCCCGGGUAUCGAAGAUGCCCACGACGCCUUUUUUGCUCCACAGACUGGAAUCUUUCAGCGUUUUAUGUCAUGGGACCCUGCAGAGCUUCAAGUCGAUACCGAUGAAACACAGCCAUCGCUGCCUGCUCAAUUGAAGACCAAGAUUUUUGAGAUUGGGGAGCUUUACAUCAAACUGUUUCCCGACCAACUAUCACGCUCGCCUGCUGUGGAGGGAUUCGUACAGAGCGUAUGGGAGCUCGUAGGGUCGAACAAGCUCCCUGGUGUCGCGGACGACUCUCUCGUCUCUCAAUCUUUGCGUUUUAUCUCCACCGCAAUUCGGUCGGGUUACUACAAAGCGCUUUUCUCUUCGCGUGAUACUAUUGCCUCUCUGAUACAAGGCGUAGUCAUCCCUAAUAUUGGACUACGCGACCAUGAGAUGGAGCAGUUUGAAGAUGAGCCACUCGAGUUCAUUCGGCUUGACCUGGCUUUCGGAGGUAGUGCAUCAGAAGUGGCGACUCGACGUCAAGCAGCCGCAGACGUGCUGCAAGCGUUAGUUAGCUCGGGAUACCAAGCUGAGGCCACGGAAAUCGUGGGGUCGUGGAUCACCUCCGGAUUACAGCAGUACAACUCGAAUCCCGCCCAGAACUGGAAGGCGAAGGACAGCGCUAUAUACUUACUCACUGCUGUUGCGACGGAGGCGUCGACGACACAGCAUGGUGUCACGUCGACGAAUGCAUUGGUGGACGUCGUGAAGUUCUUUUCCGAGCACGUGUAUCAGGAUCUGCAAGCACCAGCUGGCACUAUUCAUGAGAUCCUCUAUGUUGAUGCGAUUCGAUUCCUUUUGACUUUCAGGAACCAGCUGACGAGCGAUCAACUUCUGUCGGUGCUCCCUUUGUUAGUUCGGCACUUGAAUGCGGACCACUAUGUUACGUAUACAUAUGCUGCGAUUACAAUCGAUCGUAUACUGUUCAUCAAAAAGGGGACACAACUGUUGUUCUCACAAGCUGACAUCCACGACCUCGCUGCUGACUUGCUCAAUGCACUCCUGAGUAAGAUAGAAGCUGCUGGUGCUCCCGAAAAGGUCGCCGAAAAUGACCACCUGAUGAAAUGCGCAAUGCGCGUAAUUGUCACCGCACGCCAAACCCUCACUCCUAUCUAUCAGCAAGUCCUCCAGCGACUGGUCAACAUCCUUGGUGUCAUUGCGAAGAACCCGAGUAAUCCCAAUUUCGACCAGUAUAUCUUUGAAAGCAUAUCAGCGCUGUUGAGGUUUGUUGUGAGCGGGACACCUUCCACUUUGCCCACGUUCGAGCAGGCACUUUUUGGCCCUUUCACUUUUAUUCUUCAGCAGGACAUAGACCAAUAUAUCCCCUACGUUUUCCAAAUUCUCGCUCAGAUGUUAGACGCACACUCCACUGGCGUGCCAUCCGAAUAUCGCACCCUCCUCCCAUUCCUCCUCACGCCCACAUGCUGGCAACAAAAGGGCAGCAUCCCCGGUCUCGUGAAGCUCCUCAAGGCGUUCCUCGCCCGUGAUGCCACCGAGAUGGUCAACACAGGGCAGAUUACAGCCGUGCUGGCCGUCAUCCAGCAACGCCUGAUACCCUCCAAAAUAAACGAUGGCUGGGGCUUUGAACUUCUGCAGGGCGUCGUGCAUUUCGUACCCCCGUCGCAGCUCAAACAGUACUUCAAGCCGCUCAUCAUGACGCUGCUCACAAGGAUGCAAACGAGCAAAACGGAUAAAUAUGUGUAUCUCUUUUCGCACUUCCUCCUCUUCACGAUGGCCAUCAAUGUUGAGGGGCUUGGGCCGGACUAUGUCAUAUCCGCUAUUGAAGAGAUUCAGCCACAGCUUUGGUCACAGAUUCUUGUCAACUUCAUCGUCCCGCAAGUGCCCAAGAUGCCGCACAAAGAUAGGAAAGUCGCAGCUGUCGGUCUCAUCCGCAUGCUUGCACAGAGUACGAUCAUGCUUACGCCUCCGAGCGCACAGAGCUGGCCCCAGGCAUUCGUCUCUGUUGUCAAGCUCUUCAGUGAGCCACAGUAUCUUUCCAAGUCCAAAGACGAGGAACAGACUACUGGUAUAACGGAGAUUGACUUUGAGGAGCAGACUGCAGGGUAUCAAGCUGCGUAUUCGCGGCUCGCUGCAGCGGAGGGCGCGCCUGUGGACCCCGUGGCGUAUGUGCGCGAUCCGCGGGACUUUUUGGGACAGGCACUGGUGAAGGCGGGCCCGCGCGUGAAGCAAUUACUGGCUGCGGGUGAUGCGGAUGUAGUACAACCGUUCGUGCAGGCACUUGUGGCGUCGGGGUAUGCGAUUCAGUAGAUUCCCUUGGGGCAUCAUUCGUAUGACGGUGUGGAUGACACUGCACUCUUCGCGUGCUUGAUGUAUGUAGAUAACCGGCCAAUAUGAUAUCAAUUUGACUUGAA